AUGCCACUACGUGAUGUCGCAGAAGGGGAUCAGGAUGAAGGUAUAUGCCCCGAGCCGCAGAGAGAAGUUGUACCAGUGGGAGACCAUAUGAAUAAGGUUGAAAGAACUGCCACAGAAAACUAUGAAGUGAAAAAGGGUCAAGGGCUACCCUACGAUGAGUUUAUGGCUGCCCAAGAUGACGUGAAACAGGACGCCAGUAAUGAAACAUCGGGAUACAUGCUACGACACACCUUCAGAAAGGUGGAGAAGAAUAAAUUCGGAAACCCGAGGAUAUAA